CAUUUCAACAACUUAAAAAGUUCAAACACACGACACACACAAACAGGAGCCUGCCAUCUCUAAAACUUUUCCUUUCCUUGCUUUCAUACUUCUUCGUCCCCAGUUUUUACAAUAAAAAAAACAAACCCAGAGCUUAGAAACAUUGGAUUUCUGGCGAUGGAAAAUGGAAGGGGGGUUGUCGGUUCGAGGAAGUGUUCGGAGAGGCCGUACAAAGGGAUAAGGAUGAGGAAGUGGGGGAAAUGGGUGGCUGAGAUUAGGGAACCCAAUAAACGGUCCAGGAUUUGGUUAGGCUCAUAUGCCACCCCUGUUGCGGCUGCCAGAGCUUACGACACGGCGGUUUUUUACCUGCGCGGGCCGUCUGCUAGGCUGAAUUUUCCCGAUCUUUUGGUGGGAGAGAAACUCGGCGGCGAUUUAUCGGCCGCUUUUAUAAGGAAGAAAGCGAUUGAAGUUGGUGCUAGAGUCGAUGCUCUCGAGGCAGCUCAUCAUCUUCAUCCUCGUCACGGUCAUAAUUACAAUCUUAAUCCAAAUUACAAUCGUGGUUAUGGCGAAAAGAUGAAGCCAAGUGACCGGUUUUUACGGCGGGUUGACUUGAACAAGGUGCCCGACCCGGAGGACUCCGACGGUGAACGGGAAAGCAAGUAGAAGGAAAAACAAGUCGAUCCCUCCAUCAUGCCCCUUCAAUUAUUACGAUUACAAAACCACUAUUUUGUUGGUCCUGUCUUUGGGCUGAAUAAGGGAGGCAAGCUGCUAACAUGAACCGCCGGCAGUAGAUAAUGCGCGCCGUAUAGGAGGACGUAAGGUAAGUUUAAGGAAAUGAUGGCUGAAGAAAUGAUGAAGCCUUUGUAUUAUUAUUGUCCAGUUAAUGAAAAAUCAUUGGUUUUUCCAAUCAUAA